AUGCUUUUGCAUACAGCUAAAAUACCAGAAGGCAUCUUAAAGACCGACAGGGUUCAAACCCUAACCCUGCACCUACAAUUACCCUUAGCUCAACCAUGUGAGCUAUCCAUCCCCCAACUUUUCAAAGCUCUUGUUAAAGAUGCUGAUGAAAUCCUCCCAAAGGCUGUUGAUGCCAUCCAGAGUGUUGAAACUGUUGAGGGAAAUGGUGGCCCUGGAACAAUCAAGAAACUCACUAUUAAUGAGGGUGGGAAAAGCAACUAUGUGUUGAACAAGAUUGAAGCAAUAGAUGAGGCUAACUUGGUAUAUAACUACAGUUUAGUUGGGGGCUCAGAGUUCCCAGAGAAUGUGGAGAAGAUCACAUUUGAGUCCAAAUUGGUUGAUGGACCCAAUGGAGGGUCAAUUGGGAAGCUGAAAGUGAAGUAUCAUAGCAAGGGAAAUGCUGAGCCAAAUGAAGCUGAGGUUAAGGAAGGAAAGGCCAGGGGUGAUGCACUUUUCAAGGCCAUUGAAGGUUAUGUUUUGAACCAUCCUGAAUACAACUGAUCAAGUCUAUAUUUAUCACUACUGAAGAGCUCGGUCAUGCAGAGUUUUGUUCCUUCUGAUCCAUAAGUUGUCUUAUAAUGUAAUAAUUGUGAGACUCGAUGUCUUUGUAUCUCACUUCAACAAUAAAUCAAUACAAAUAAAAGCACUG